AUGGGUGUUCCCAAGUUCUUCAGAUGGCUCUCAGAGCGUUAUCCGGCCAUCUCGCAAGUAAUUGCGGAAAAUCGCAUCCCAGAAUUCGACUGCCUCUAUCUUGACAUGAAUGGUAUCAUCCACAACUGUACACACAAAGAUGCUGGCGAAGAUACUACUUUCCGACUCAGCGAAGAAGAAAUGUUUAUUCGCAUAUUCAACUACAUCGAACAUUUGUUUGGAAAGAUUAAGCCUAAGAAGCUUUUCUUCAUGGCAAUUGAUGGAGUUGCUCCCCGUGCCAAAAUGAAUCAGCAGCGUGCCAGACGUUUCCGAACGGCCCUGGAUGCCGAGAAAGCUCGCGACAAGGCGAUCCGUGAGGGAGUAGAGCUCCCAAAAGAAGAGCCUUUCGACAGCAAUUGCAUCACACCAGGCACUGAAUUCAUGGCGAAGCUGUCACAACAGCUCCGAUACUUUGUGAACAAGAAAAUCUCGGAAGAUACCGAUUGGCAGGGAUGUGACGUUGUCCUAUCUGGGCAUGAGGUUCCAGGUGAAGGAGAGCAUAAGAUCAUGGAGUACAUCCGAAACGCAAAGGCACAGCCAAACUACGACCCGAACGUACGACACUGCCUUUACGGUCUUGAUGCCGACUUGAUUAUGCUUGGACUUUUAAGCCACGAUCCUCAUUUCUGCCUGCUGCGUGAAGAAGUUACAUUUGGACGAGCCUCCAAGACGAAGUCAAAGGAACUUGAACAUCAAAACUUCUAUCUGCUCCAUCUCUGUAUUGUGAGGGAAUACCUGGAAAUGGAAUUUCAGGAGCUUCAGAAUAAAGAUGCUUUAAAGUUCCAAUUUGAUCUCGAAAGAGUCAUUGACGACUUCAUCUUGAUGGCAUUUUUCGUCGGAAACGACUUUUUGCCAAACCUUCCUGGAUUGCAUAUUAACGAAGGCGCUCUGGCGAACAUGUUCAGAAUUUACAAGUCUGUCCUUCCACAAUGUGAAGGCUACAUCAACGAGAACGGUGUUAUUCACCUUGACCGUUUGCAGCGUCUGCUCGACGAGCUCAGCAAGACAGAGCUGGACCACUUUGAAUAUGAAGUUUCUGAUCAACAGUGGUUUGCAUCCAAACAAAUGGAGAAGAAACUCGAACAAAAAAAUGGAGCCAAGCCGAGAUCGCAAAAGAAUAAUCAGAUGAUCAUGACUUCAUUUCAGAGAGAUUUAUGGAAACAAAAGAUUCGCCCUUUCAUCUCAAACAGAUCCCAGCAGCCACUGGACUUGGGAUCAGAUCUCAAGGCUGCGGAUCGAAAGUUUGCUCAAGAUCUUGCCGAGUCUAUGCACUUGGAGUGGUCUACCAAGGAAGACGAAGAGGGCAACCGUCGCCUUGUAAUCGCGUUCCCCCCUAAGAAGGAAACCAGCGACGGCGAGGACGAUGACGAAGAGGAAGGAAACCUCGCAGCUUAUCGUGUUAUGAAGUCCUAUGACAAAGCGACCAUUGCUGACGUUUCCCCCGAAGAUGCUGAGAAGCAAUAUGAAGAGCUAUACCAGCAAAAAUAUCAAGGCUGGAAGACUAAAUACUAUCUGCAAAAGUUUGAAGAAUGGCCUCAAGACAAAUAUGAGGAAGAACAAAAGAAACUCUGCGAGAAUUAUGUGCAAGGCCUACAGUGGGUGCUCUAUUACUACUACAAAGGCAUUGCCUCGUGGCCAUGGUUUUACGCCUAUCACUAUGCACCACUCACGUCGGAUGUUACCAAGGGCCUCAGUGCCGACCUGAACUUCAAGUUAGGUCAGCCCUUUAAGCCUAACGAACAACUCAUGGGUGUGUUACCAGACCGAAGCAAGAAAAUUGUGCCAACUGUUUACCACGACCUAAUGACCAAUGCAAAUUCUCCCAUCAUUGACUUCUAUCCACGAGACUUUGAAUUGGACAUGAACGGCAAAAAGAUGGAAUGGGAGGCAGUGGUCAAAAUUCCAUUCAUUGACGAAGCGCGACUUCUGGCUGCCAUGGCGCCCCAAAACGAGCUCCUUAGCGACGACCAAAAGGCGCGGAACGGCUUUGGAGUUCCUCUCAAAUUCACAUACUCUCCCGAAGUCAACUUUACUUAUCCUUCUCCACUUCCUGGAAUUUUCCCAGAGAUACAGUAUUGUCAUUGCAUUGAGAAUAUCUUUGAUUUACCCAAUAUUGAGGGACUCGAUUACGUCUCUGGACUGACGAAUGGAGCUCUGGUGAAUAUAAAGGCUCUUGCUGGAUUCCCGACUCUACACACACUGCCACACACGGCACAGCUAGUAGAAGGAUAUGGAGUCAAUGUUUUCCAGCAAGACAGCAGAAAUCCAAGUGUCAUCGUGACUCUUACCGGUACUGAGAUGCGGACAAAGGUUGAAACAUGGAAAAAGAAGCUAGGCCAACGCUGCUUCGUUGGCUAUCCAUUCAUUCAAGAAGCCAAAGUUAUCAAGGUACAGGAUGAGCUAUUUUCCUACGAGCUGGCCGAAGAUGAAGAAACUGUUGUUACCAAAGAUCAUGACAACAGAACAGCUUCCGAUUUUGCAAAGGAGGCCGAGUUUCUAGAGAAUUGGCAUGCCAAACGCCUGGGAAUCACGGUUGGCCAGGUUGAAUGCCUUGUUCACGUUCAUAUGCUCAAGGGUCUCAUCAAAACGGAAGAGGGUGCUCUAAUCAAGGAGUACGCUGAAAACCCCAGCUUGCGCAAGGUCUACGCGUCCCAAACCAUUGUGGAAGAAGUAGUCAACGAAGACGAACGUUUCAUCGAGAGACCAGCCCUGCCGAUUGAGGAAGAGUUCCCUCAAGGCACACGAGCUUUCUUUUUGGGUGAAUUCGCAUACGGUCGCCCCUUGGAGGUGACUGGACAUGUUAACGGCAAAGCAAAUAUUAUGGUCUUGGUUCCCAAAAAUAAGGAGCCAGAUAUCACGAAGAAGAUCAUUUUCCAAGCAGAGCGAUCCAACCCGUAUACGCCAUCCUUCGCAAUUGCCAAACAGCUAGGCGUCCAUCCUCUCAUCCUUAGCAAAAUUACGUCGUCUUUCCAAGUUAUCAGUGCUGCCGGCCUGAAGCUAAACCUGGGUCUCAAUUUGAAAUUUGAGGGUCGAAAGCUCAAAGUGCUGGGGUACUCACGCAAAUCGGAGACUGGAUGGGAGUUCUCUAACCUGGCUGUGAAGCUUAUUGCUGAUUACAUGGUCGCAUUCCCCGAUUUCUUUGCAGCGAUUCAGAAAGAACCGCAAAGAAGUGAGAUUUCUGAGAGCGACCUGUGGAAUGAUCCGAGCGUUGCUUCGCAGCGGAUCAAAGACAUAUUAGCGUGGCUAAGGAAACAAGAGACGAGCAAAUUUGAGCGAGUCCCCCUUGACGCUGAGCAACUCGAUUCGGGAAUUGUCAUGGCUCUCGCUACGGCUGGAGAACAGUUGCACCAAGCGAGCAUGGAUGCGGCUACCAAGACGCUCAACUCUGUGCCUCGUACAGCCUUGUUGAAGCCGGCGGAUGCGGAGAUGGUGCUAGGCAACCAAACGUUCAGGCUAGGAGAUCGGGUUACUUUCAUUGCCGCUGCCGGUAAGGUCCCAAUUGGAACUCGGGGAACUGUUGCCGGCAUUUCUCGAACGGCAACUGCUGUUCUCUUGGACGUCGUGUGGGACAUCUCCUUCAUGAGUGGCACGACUCUCGGCGAGAGGGCUCCAAUGUUCCGUGGGCAGACCGUUUCAUCAUCGACGGUGCUGAAUACUACCAAUUGGCAAGUCGUCUCUGCAUCAUCAAAAUCGCGACAGAGGAAAUCUGUUACGGCCACGGGAUCGGUUGGAUCAUACGGUUCAGUCGGUGUUACACAGUACAAGGACGCUCCAGCCCCUCCUCCCCUCCGAGGCGGAUGGCGUGGAGCUGCUUCAGGCGAUUCAGCUUCAUCAGGCCGUGGGCGGAACAGCCCUGGUCGCGGCGCUCGAGGAGGUAAGCCAAAUCUAUUGCACAGCGGACUUGUCUAUCGGCCGGGCCAACAAGGUGGUAGCCCAAGCGGUGACAACGCUCCCAAUGGAAAUCACGCUCCCAAUGGAAACGUAAAUGGAAGAGGAGGAAGUGGCAGAGGCCAAGGACGUGGUCGAGGCAAUGGCGGCAACAGAGGCUCGCUUGCUCCUCAGACUGGACCUGGACGAGAUCAACCAGCCCUCUAUGGCAACGUGCCGCCUCCUGCAAACCUUGAGACGUCGCGAGGCGGUCGUGGUCGUGGUCGAGGAGGAAGGGGACGUGGUGGACCUAAUCCCAACCGUGGCCGUGGCGGUGCUGCCGCUCAGCAAGCAUAG